GCGGAGCGGAGCGCUACGAGUGCGGUGGCCCGGCGGCCGAACGACCCCGGAGCGCUCGCGUCCCUUGCCCCGCGCCCCGGAUCCACGCCUCCUCCUCGACCCGCGGCGGUGGGUGCGCGGCGCGCUGACCUCUGCGGAGGCGCCGGGGGCUCAGCAUCGGGCCGGGGCCGGGGGGGCGCCGGGGCCGGGGGGCGGCGCUCCGGCCCGGCCCGGCCCCGCCCGAUGUCCGUGAGCGCGAACACCAUGAUCUUCAUGAUUCUGGGGGCGUCGAUCGUGAUGGCCAUCGCGUGCUUGAUGGACAUGAACGCGCUGCUGGACCGAUUUCACAACUACAUCCUCCCGCACCUGCGGGGCGAGGACCGCGUCUGCCACUGCAACUGUGGCCGGCACCACAUCCACUACGUGAUCCCGUACGACGGGGACCAGUCGGUGGUGGACGCCUCCGAGAACUACUUUGUGACAGACAACGUCACCAAGCAGGAGAUCGACCUCAUGCUCGGGCUGCUGCUCGGCUUCUGCAUCAGCUGGUUCCUGGUGUGGAUGGACGGCGUCCUGCACUGCGCCGUGCGCGCCUGGAGGGCGGGCCGGCGCUACGACGGCUCGUGGACCUGGCUGCCCAAGCUGUGCAGCCUGCGGGAGCUCGGCCGGCGGCCGCACAGGCCCUUCGAGGAGGCGGCCGGGAACAUGGUGCACGUGAAGCAGAAACUCUACCACAACGGGCACCCGAGCCCGCGGCACCUUUGAUUCGGGCGCAGGACUCGCGGGGCCGCCGGCCACCGCACCCACGUACACGGGACUGGACUGCCGCCCCGGGCCAGGGCGCCCCGGCCGCCGGGCGUGUCCAGCGGAAGGUGCUGUCUCCUCUUCUUUUUAUAAAGGGGUCGAGGGUGGGGCCGGUCUGGGGGCAGGACCCAGGUCUCCAGAACUGGGCGGGGCGCGGGGGCGCGGGGCAGCGGGGGCUCCGGCGUCCUGCAGUCCUGCCAGCGCCUAGCUUGGGACCACGUCUGAAACUCAAAACCGGAUGUUUCCUGUGCGCCCGUGUCCUUCUCUCCGUUCUGGGGGAGGGGAGAGAGGCCGGGAGGUCUGGGCAGGGAAGGGGGCCGGACCAGGCCGCGCCCACGUCUGCACACGGGAGCAUGUGCAUGGGGCUUCUGGGUCCGCGGGCUGCAGUGGGGGGCCGGAGGGCAGGGGUCUAGGGGGGGCCCCGGCCCAGCAAUAAGGCCCCUGAGCCCUGCUGUGGCAAGAGUGGCCACCCUGCCCAGGGCAUCCCGGUCGGCACCUCACUGUGACCCCCACCCCUGCUGGUCAGUAAAUUCUACAGAA